GGAACUGAGUCUAAAAUGAAGUUAUGGGAUGUUCUAGCCACGUGUUUGUUGCUCCUGAGCUCCGUGUCCGCUCGCCCUCUCUUCCACAAGCUGCAGCUGUCUAACAAGAGAGCUUCUCAAGCCGAGCGCCGCAGUGAGCCUCUUGUCCGGGACCCAGUCAUAAAUUCUCGUCUCGACAUCGCCAGUCUGAAACAAGCCUCUAUGGAAGAACAAUAUGACAUCACCGGACUCCACCCAGACCAGUUUGAUGAUGUAAUGGACUUUAUCACAGCUACCAUUGGCAGACUCCGGAGGUCUUCUGAUAUGGAGUUGGAAGGAAAAAGAGGGAGAGGGAAACAGAAAGGGGCAGCAAAUCGGAAGAAGGGACGAGGCAGAGGACGAGGCGGAGGCCGAGCGGGCAAGGGGGAUUUCGAUGAUUUAGUCAAAGGACAAUCGCGUGGGUGCCUUCUCAAGGAGAUCCACCUCAACGUGACAGACCUAGGGUUGGGUUACCAGACCAAAGAGGAGUUAAUAUUCAGGUACUGCAGUGGUCCCUGUUUCGAUUCGGAGACUAACUAUGACAAGAUCCUAAACAACCUUACACAGAACAAGAAGCUGGACAAAGACUCGCCUUCACAGACCUGCUGUCGACCUAUAGCUUUCGACGAUGACCUAUCGUUCUUGGAUGACAACUUAGAGUAUCACACUCUAAAGAAGCAUUCAGCAAAGAAGUGCGCCUGCAUUUGA